UUCUCUUCACUUAUUAUUAUCCUCAACUCAAAAGAGAAGUGAAACGUCAAAAGAAGAAAUGGCGUUAGAGCAGGCAGUUACAUCAACCACCUUCAGGAACCUCCUCACCUUCCCCCAAAGCCCUAAUUCCAUACUCAAAUCCAAAUUCCAAUUUUCCACAACACUCCCAUGCAAACAAAUCCAUAGAAAUUUCAAAUUGAAGUUCAAUUGCUCCAAUUCCAUCACCAAUGGAACAUACCCUAAACCCUCUGAGAUUCCAUGGAAUAAAGACCUCUGCAACUCCGUCAAUCUCAUCGGUUUCGUUGCUAACGCCGUCGAAAUCAAACACCUUCCGUCUGGUAAAGCUGUUGCUUGGACCCGUCUCUCCGUUAAGAAAAACGCUACGCAAAUUUCGUGGAUUCACUUGACAUUUUGGGAUGAACUUGCUCAUGUUGCUUUUCAGCAUGUUCAGAAAGGUCACCAAAUUCAUGUUUCUGGUCGCCUUGUUACUGACACGGUUGAAGCUGGUGAAGGCAAACAACAAACUUACUACAAGGUGGUUGCUCAGCAGCUGAAUUUCAUUGAUAGGAGUGACUCGCCGGUGACCUCACAUGAUCAAGACUUUGAUUUCAUAAUGUCUGACAGUGGUAAUGGUAAAAAGUCAAGUUUUGCUGCAAGUGGUAAUACUGGUUCUGUAGUGGAGUUAUGGCAAACUUUCUUUGCUAACCCAGGGGAGUGGUGGGACAAUAGGAACAACAAGAGGAACCCCAAAGCUCCUGAUUUUAAGCACAAAGAUACUGGAGAAGCUCUGUGGAUCGAAGGUAGAGCUAAUCCACCAUGGGUCAAAUCCCAACUUGAAAUAUUAGAUAUGAGGAUGGGGUCUCAUACUGGUCAAAACGGUAGGAUGGCUGUAGAUAUGGUCAGCACGGACGAAAUCUUGUCUUUCUAAAAGCUAUGCCAAACCUUGCCCAACAUGUUUGUGCAGUUUACAUUUUGCCUGAAAAUUUUGGUUCUACAUAUGUGGACAUUGUUUAUUAGUCUCUAGUGAUGUAUUAGUGUUUAGUAAGUCUAGUCCAUUAUUUGGAAUUUGAUUUUUGUCUAUGUAACGAUAUUAAAUUUUUAAUUUUAAUGUGGAAAGUGUACCAAGAAUGAUCCUCUUCAUUGUAUUAUUUGUGAAGUCUUUGUACUGUAUAACCUAUAAGAUUUUAAGAUAUAUAUCUGAGAAGAAUUGGUGAAA